UGUAAUUUUAGGAGGCGAGGGAGUCCCCGAGCUCGGUGGCCAUGUCAAGGAAAGGACAUAAAAACGACGCGACUGGAAUCGUCAAGUGAGCGCGACUUUGAGUAACAUACGAAGCGAUUCGAUUCGAUUCGAACUCGAAGAAACCCCGAGAGAGCUUACAAGAAAGAGAGAGAGAGAGGAUUCCAGAUUCCAAUCCGGAGCCGUGCUAAUUGUACCAGUGAUUUAGUUUUACGACACAAAUCAUAGCAGGGGAGAGGACGGGAGGAGGAAGAUAUGGGACGGAGACCAGGAAGCAUUGCUCCAUCAUGGCUAUUACUAUUGCUUUCACUACUUCUUGCCUGGGCGAUGGUAUCUCCUGCUGACUGUGUUCGUUCUGGUAAUAAUAAUAACUCUUCGUCCACGGGAGCUUUAUAUUGGUCCACCGCAAAGGAGGAGGCGGAUCUGCUUCGCAACCCCCAUGCACGGGACGAUUCCUCCGAGGCUGUCGCCAACGACGACUCCGACGGCGGCUUUUCUUCCCUCGAAGGAAUGUUACAGUGGGCUAUUGGUCAUUCUGAUCCCGCAAAAUUAAAGAAAGCAUCUGAAGAUGUCAAACGACUAUCACCCAGUGAGCUGAAAAAGCGACAAAUAGAACUAAAGGACCUGAUGGAGAAGUUAAGAAUGCCAUCGGAUGCACAGUUGAUGCAAAUUGCAAUAGAUGACUUAAAUAAUUCCUCUUUGUCUUUGGAAGAUCGUGAACGUGCUCUAAAGGAGCUUCUAAUACUUGUCGAGCCAAUAGAUAAUGCAAAUGAUUUGAAGAAACUUGGGGCCUAUGUGGUUAUACAAGAGCUUAAUCACGGUGACCCAGAUAUUAGGAGACUUGCUGCAUGGAUUAUUGGGAAAGCCAGUCAGAAUAAUGCGGUUGUUCAGAAGCAGGUCCUGGAACUUGGGGCACUAGCAAAGCUAAUGAAGAUGGUAAAAUCUAGUUCGACAGAAGAAUCCAUCAAAGCAUUAUAUGCUGUUUCAGCACUGAUCCGAAACAAUCCAGCUGGCCAGGAAUUGUUCUAUGCAGAAGCUGGAUAUAUGACGCUUCAGGACAUUCUGAGCAAUUCAAGCAUUGAUAUCAGACUGCGCAGGAAAGCUGUCUUUCUUGUGGGUGAUCUGACAGAGUGUCAGUUAGAAAAUGUGGAUAAAGCUGAGCUUCCGUUUUUCAGCAAUCAGAUUUUCUUGAAGUCUGUAGUUGACCUAAUGGCAUCAGAUGAUCUUGAUCUACAGGAGAAGGCACUUGUUGCAAUUAAGAAUCUUCUGCAGCUCAGGGCGGCCGAACCACUAGUUUUCAAGGACUUUUGUGGUUUAGGUGGUGCAUUAGAGAGAAUGCGUCUGCAACUCCAAGAGUUAAUGGCAGAGGAAGAUGUCAAGGAUUAUGCAAUGGACGUGGAGAGCCUCCGGAGUGAAGUGGAGCAGAUUUUCCAUUCAAAGUUGGGAAAGGAAACACAGGUUCCAACAUAAUGAUACAUUCGUCUUGCACCAACAUAUGCUGGACUAGGCAUCUGGCUACUAUGCUCAUAAUGCAUACCUUGCUGGAUAACAGACUUAUGCGCCUUUUUUUUUGGUUGUGGGGUUCUUUGUAGACUGACAUGUGAAUCUAUAUGUUUAAUGGAUAGGACUAGGAGAGAGAGAGCUCAAGAAAAGGACUGAUUAUUUUAUGAAUUGUAUUUUUCUUUUAAUCUAUUUAUAUGAUAUAGAGGAAGUCUUGAUC